AUAAAACCAGUGAAAGUCGGUGAGCUUAUUAAUAUAAGUCGUGAAUCGAGAUAUUAAUCGGUUUGUCGUAACAUCGUCGAAACGAAAAGUUGUAACUCGUGUCGUAACAUCACUACUAACUUAACUGUCAGUUUGUACUUUGUAAAUGAUUGAAAUAUACGUUACGUUAAAAGUUUGAACUCCAAAAUAAAACUGAUCUGGGAAAGUGUGGUUUGUGAUAAUGAAUAUAAAUAAGUGUAGCUGUAAAGAAAACCGUCCACCAACUGCUGGACGGUCUGGUUGUGGUUGUAAUAUAAAUGCUCCAAAAAUACCAAUGGACAGUUUCAAAGUGCCAGCUGUCCCCGUUGGCCGACCUCUCGGUAAAGUAAACGAAAACAAGGAGCUCGGUAGUCAAGGUGCUGGCCCAGCUAAAAAUGACGACAAGAAGAAAUCAUGGUCUCUCUCGGAUUUUGAUUUGGGUCGCCCUUUAGGUAAAGGAAAGUUUGGCAACGUCUAUUUAGCACGUGAAAAAGAGUCUCACUACGUCGUUGCUCUUAAAGUACUAUUCAAGAGCCAAAUAUUAGACUCUGAAAUCGAACAUCAAGUGCGGCGAGAAGUUGAAAUACAAUGCAGACUCCGUCACCCUAAUAUAUUGCGUAUGUAUGGAUAUUUUCACGACGAAAAACGUAUUUAUUUAAUUUUGGAAUACGCUAAACAUGGUUCCAUGUACAAAUUGCUGAAAGAGCGCGAACGCUUUGAUGAAAAAACUGUAGCAAUUUACAUCAGGGACUUGACUAAAGCACUUGUAUAUUGCCAUGCUAAGAAAGUCAUACAUCGAGACAUUAAACCGGAAAACUUACUUAUUGGUCACAACUGGGAGUUGAAGAUAGCCGACUUUGGUUGGUCAGUACAUUCACCAUCAUCAAGGCGAAUGACUCUGUGUGGUACAUUAGACUACUUGUCACCAGAAAUGAUUGAGGGCAAGCCUCACAACUAUGCUGUGGACAUAUGGAGCCUAGGAGUGCUCUGCUAUGAAUUACUUGUUGGUUUACCUCCCUUUGAUGCUAAAGACUCUCAUCAAACAUACAGGAAGAUACGUUAUGUCAUUAUCAAGUAUCCAGACUUUAUAUCAGAGAAAGCAAAAGACUUAAUGGGUAAAUUAUUAGUUAUCAAUCCAGAACAAAGACUGCCAUUGAUCAAUGUAUUACAGCAUCCAUGGAUCACAGAAAAUGCUCCAGAAGGAGCACAACCACCUGCCUUCAACCCCGAACAAAAACAACUAUAAUUUUCUUAUACUUAGUUUCAUAGAUCUUAUAAUUAUAAUUAAUUCAAAAAUAAUGUAUGCACUAUUUAGAUAAUUUUCAACAUUAAUUUUAGCAUA